AUGCUGACCGCCGAGGAAAAGAAGCUGAUCUGCCGCUUCUGGGAUAAGGUGCCCCAGAAGGAUGUCUUUGGAGCCGAGGCCCUGUAUAGGAUGUUCAUCACCUACCCCCAGACCAAGACCUACUUCCCCCACUUCGACCUGCACCACGGCUCUGACCAGAUCCGCAGCCAUGGCAAGAAGGUGGUGACCGCCUUGGACAACGCCGUCAAGUGCCUGGACAACCUUGGCCAGGCCCUGUCCGAGCUCAGCAGCCUGCAUGCCUACAACCUGCGUGUUGACCCCGUCAACUUCAAGCUGCUGUCGCAGUGCUUCCAGGUGGUGCUGGCCGUGCACCUCGGCACCGAGUACACCCCCGAGGUGCACGCUGCCUUCGACAAGUUCCUGUCGGCCGUGGCUGCCGUGCUGGCCGAGAAGUACAGAUGAGCUGUCAGUCAUGCCUAGGUGCCAUCAAUAAAGACACCUUUGCCGCA